ACUUUUCGGUUUACAGUACGCGACGUUGACUCCGAGAGUACGGACAUGACAGCGGGUGAACGAAAACAGGAAUCGAACUGAGACACAGGACACGCGCACUCACACAAACACAUACACAGCUGUAUAUAAUUGAAGCGCCAAGUGCCAGUGUCCUAGAAAUCGAACAUCAGAAACAACGGAAAACCGAAUCGAACGCGAUAAUGGAAAAGUAAUUGGAGGGUCGGUUAACGGGAUGAUAAGCCGAGUGAAGGCGAAGGAAAAGUGCAAGUGAAAAGUGCCUAUAAGAAGCAGAAAAUCAAACACUAACACACACACACACAUACAACCGCGACACACGCACACACGCGCGCGCACAUACACACAAAGGAAACGUCAUAUGCCAGAGGCAUUGACAGGAGCCAGUGGAAAAGCAUUUUGUGUAUCCUAUUUUGAGGCCCCAACCAAGCAGGCGAGCGUGUCCUUAGCCAUAUCCCAAGCCGAAGUCAACAACGAAAACAACAAAACCACAACAACAGCAGCAAUUACACCGUGUAGUUGCUCUAUAAUGAUAGAUUUCAAAAAAAUAAAUUGAGCAAAUUAUCGUAUAAACGUGCCCUCGAAUCGAAAGUCUAAAAAUACCCAUAGUACCCGCAGCUACCCCACCGCAGUACCGUGCGACGCCAACUUGUCGAGGUCCUGUAAUCCUCACCGCAGACCGCCCCCGUUCCCAGCUCCCAGCAGGAAAAGAAGGGUCCAAGUGGCGCAACUGACUUUAAAUUAUGCAUGCCCAUUGAUUUUCCGACCACCGUCGCCAUCAUCCAAGCCGCCGUCGUUAUAUCCCCAUCAUCUAUAUCGCCAGCCUAUCCGGGCUUUGUUGUCGCAUGUUAUCAGCGGAACUAGCGUCCUCGACGGCUUUGUUGAAUGCGAGUUAUCAGCGCAGCAACGGCCCCUCGAAAGAUGAAGUUUGCCUCUCGACAGCAUAUGACAAGGGCUACACAGCAACAACAUCAUCCACAACAACAACAACAACCACUGCAGGAGCAACAUCAGCAACAGAAAAGCCGACAGCAGCAACAAUGACCAAGCAAUUGACAACCAGCAUUGCCACCAAUGCAGCAUCGAGUAUAACGCAAGCGGGUGAUUUGGCGCCCACUGUUAUUUCCCCAACCACUGGAGCCACCAUUGAAACCGGAUCAGGGGUGGGAGGGGUUGCUGCUGCAGGAACAGCAGCACCCAUCAACGAGACAACAAAGACUUUGACGCAAGCUGCAACUUCUGCCACAGCAUCACAAACAACAACAACAACAACAGCAGCAGCUACUAAACCCUCGAGUAGCGAUGCCAGUGGCAGAUCAGCAGCUUUGGAACGUGCCUAUGUCCACGAUGUCUACGAGCACUGCGAAGAGCCCACGGGACCCAUCCGACCCCGGAUGGCCCAUUUCCUGGGGAACUUGGAGCCCGGUUCCGUGGUCUGCGACGUGGGCUGUGGCAGCGGCCGAUACCUCACCCAGUGCAACCCGGCCAUCUGCACCAUUGGCGUGGAGCGUUGUUAUCGUCUGAGUAAAGUGGCCCACGAGAAAGGAGGCGAGGUGGCCUUGUGCGAUAAUCUGGAGCUGCCUUUCCGAGACGACAGCUUUGAUGCGGUACUCUCCCUAGCGGUGGUUCAUCACUUCGCCACCACCGAGCGUCGUGUCCAAGCCCUGCGAGAACUAGCCAGAAUCUUGAGAAUAGGAGGGAGGGUUGUGAUCACCGUAUGGGCACUGGAGCAGCGGCACCGCCGCUUCGAAUCCCAGGAUGUUCUCAUUCCCUGGCAGCCACCAAAGAACCGAAAUUACUCGUACUCCGACGAGGAAGACGACGACAACUUCCAGCCACCCUACCACGCCUACACCGAGGACUCUACGAAUUCCAGUCGAUCGGCGGGAGAUGGAGAUAGUUCCAGUCUGAGCUCAUCGUCACCGGGAGAGUCCUGCUACAGCUUCGUGCGGCGAGCCAUACAGAAACUUGCUCGUGGACGUCGCCAUGCGUGGUUUAUGGACUCUUGGUCCUCGAAGGACACAAAGAAUGACAGCAGCCUGGACUUCGAGGAUGCCAAAGACCUUCCUAUCGAACUGCGUCGCCUGGAGGACUUCGAGGACUUUCCCGACCCGCCGCUCUCUGCCGGAUUAAAGUCCCGCAGCUUGGGCAGCAUUCUCCAGCCGCCGCCCCGCCAGAUUGUUCGCUCCCGGUCGAGCGUCCCCAGCCUGGGAGGUCCCCUAAUCCCAGGGGAGUCGAAGGCUACUGCGGCGGCCUUGCUGCUUAAUCCUACCGAAGGUCAGCAGCAGCUCCAGUUGAACGGAAGGCAUUCGCCCACGACCACAGCCAGUGCCGGGAACACGCUAAGCCGCCGGCCAAAGCUCAUCAAACAAAAGCAGUCCUUGUGCGAUGACGACGCAGCUACGCCCCCGGCUGCUCCGGAAGCUUUUCAAAUGCUGACCAACUACAAUGGAGCCAAUGGGGCCGUGAGCAGUAGCCUGUAUAUGCGAAGUGGAUGCUACGCAGGAAACUUUCACCAGCAUGCUUCCUCCUCGCCCUCCAACACCGGCACGUCAGCCUCUCCAUCGGCGGUUCCACCACAAGCCGGUGGCCCUGGAGGAUCUGGAGCAGCGCCUACAUUCUUGCGUAAACAAAGCUCCCUUAAUGAGGAACUGAUGGCCUGCAACCGACUGCGGGAGAAGGAGCGUGUGCGGAAGCGCAUCCAGAAGCAAACCUCCCUGAACGAAGCCUUCCUUUGCCGAUCGGCUUUGUUCUCUAAGCGGCUGCAGGUGAUCCGUGAGGGGUUCACCACCAAGAUCAAGAGCUCCACCGGCAGCCUGGAGCGGGUGACAAAAACAGGCAUCAGCAAGCUCAUCCAGAACAUCAAGAGUGGGCCGCAGAAUCCUCUCCAGAAUUUAUCGCAUGUGGACAAAACUACGGCUCUUAACAACAACAACAAGCACGGAAUGGAUCAGACAGGCCAUCAGCACCAGCACCACCACCACCAUCAUCACCACCACCACCUUGCCAACAGCCACCAGUCGCACAACCACCUGUCGCACCUGAUACACCCGGCUUCCGGCACUGCCACUGCCUCGGGAGGACCAGUGACAUACUGCAGCAUUGUGGAGUGCACUCUGGCGAAUUUGUGCCACUGCAGCCAGUAUCAGCAGGAGUGUCCUGCCUGUGCUGACGGGAUGCAGUGCGACAAAGCCAGACGGCACUCCCGGGAAUCGGGCUCCGACUCCUCCAAGGACAGCAGCCUGCAGUCAGACACCAGCAUCGAGUCGGAGGACAGCUUCGCUUCCGUUAUCUUUAUACCCAAGCCGGAGCAGCACCAGCAGCAGCUCAACUACCAGCAGCAGCACCAGAACUCCAACUCCAGUUCCAGCAACUCCUCCUCCAGCAAUGGACAACGGGGGGCGAGUGGAACUGCAGCUGGUGGCAAUCCCGGGAUGAUUCCUGGCGGCUCUCGUCUGCCUCCCACACACUCUGUGCCAACCUCCCCCCUGAUCAUGCCCUGCCCCCCGACCCCGGCUCAUUCCCCGGCCGCCAUUCAAGGUACUGUGACAUCGCCUCCGCAAUCCACUGCAGCGGUUACGGCAGCCAUGGCGAUUCUGACGCCUCCUUCGAAGCCAGCCCGGUUCAGUUUCGACGAGGCUCAUAUAAAGCAGCAAAAGGAGCAGCAGAGGGAGCAAUUGGAGAACCUGAAAGAGCAGCAAAAAGGACAAAUCAAGGAGCAAAAGGGUGACCUUAAAGAAGCGCAAAAAGAGGAUAAAAAAAAACCGCCAGAGAAGGAUGAAAAAGAAACAAAAAAAGUCCCAUCUCCCAUCCAUCGAAUAACCCGCCAGGCUAUACGGGACUUGCCUCCCAUUCCCAAGUUCCGAAAACAGCAGUCCCUGCAACUGCAGCGCCAAAGUUUUCCCAUCAUCCGGAGAGCUUCCGGCUCGGGAAUUUCCGCCUCAUGCUCUUCCUCUUCGCUGGCCAGCAAGCUGCUCUCCCUGGAACUAUUCAACCCAGCCACCGAUGACCUGGACAGUGACUCCAGUGAGCCCUCCUCCCCCGAUUCCAUUGACAGUGUGAUCAGUGCACCACGAUCAGCCAAGGUGCCCUCGGGAAGUGGCGAGGGCGGCGACGGAUCAGCCAACUCUAACUCUGCUUCCCAAGACGAGGGGGAGCCCAAUCUGGCGAAGCUGAUUAGCAUCCAGCAGGAGCAAUACCACAAGGGUGAGCUGCAGAUCAGCAAUAGUUCCUGCUCCCAGACUGCUCCGGAGGACGACAUAAUCCUGAAUGCGGACAGUGCGCCCCUGUUGCCGGAAAAGCGGGAAGGGGCCAAUCAGCAGCAGGACUGCGCCGAGUUUGCCGAGCAACUGACAGCCCAACUACAGAGGGAGUUGGAGGACAAGAACACUCGCACCGAGUGCCGGUACCUGGAUGGAAUCGGUAUGGGUGACCUGUCGGAGAUAUUGGGCGGCGGCAAGAAGCGUUCCAAUGGCGAUCUUAGCGCCUUUCGUGAUGAGCUCCGGGAACGACGCCUGAUGCUGGCAAAUCUCUCCACGCAGCCCAGCCUCCAGCAAUCGCCGGUAAGCUCCUCCACCUCGUCCUUGUCCUCGCAGACCCGCAGUUUCACCAUCCAGGAGGAGGAUGGCGAGGAGGAGGAGGAGGAGGAAAACGAGUCCAGCUAUUCGCUGGGCGUGUACGAGCACUGUAAGAUCUCCAAGUUCAGCUAUAAGCGAAAUCGCCACUACCAACUGAACCCAGAAACAGCCUAUCUGCUACAGGACGAUGGUGACAGCGAUGUGAGAGAAGAAGAUGAGGACGAUGUCAUACCGGAGGAGGAGGAACAGGAGGAGCCGGACGAGCAGGCCGAAGCCGAGGCCUUGGAAGCCAAGGGCGGAGACCAAUUGGGUGAGGGAAUGGCGGAUUACGGCCAACGGCGCCGCCACAUGGCCGCCUUAAAGGUGCAAUCGCCUGUGGCUCCACAGCAGCACAAUCAACAGCAACAGCAGGCACAACAGCAGCAGCCGCAGGAGCACACCCUGCAGCAGCGUCACUCAUCCGACUCCCUGGAGCACUCGAACAGCUCCACCAACUCCCUGGACAGCCCCUCUCAGGGCGGGUCCAGCACUCAUCAUCGCUACUACCACGUGUUCCGCGAGGGCGAGCUGGACGCACUGAUCAACCACCACGUGGCCAGCCUGCACAUCGUCAGUUCCUACUACGAGCGUGCCAGCUGGUGCGUGGUGGCCGAAAAGGUCCAGGUGUGGACCAUAUAAAGCACUUUUCAAGGAUGCAGGGUUUGAAACCGAAAUGGUCCUCGAUAGGGUUACUCUCUACGAUAUACGAUUAUUUCACACUCUUUAGAAACUAUUCAAAAGAAGUUAUAGUUUAUAGACACAACCUCAGACACAAACCGGAAAAAAUAGUUCAUUUUAUUAUAAUACUUUAAUAGACAUAAAUAUUAUUAUAUACAAUGGAGAAGGAUAAUUUUUUUGAAAAUCCAAUCGCUAUAUCGACUAUCCAUUUCGGUUUCAAGCCCUGCCCAAUUGCGAAAGCCCAUAACUAGCUGUAGUCUCUGAUGCCCCCAAAGGAAUUGUUAAAUUUAGUCUCUUACUCUAGUCGGCUGGUGAGCUGAGGCGGGGAAGCCCCGAUCUCAAGGCCAGCUUAAUUAUUACAUUUACUCAACUGUUAGCAGACCUGCUCAAUAUCGCGAAAGCAGGGAUUGCACUUCAUUGAAAUCCAAUUUCAAAGCGAAACCACCUAGUUGUAAGUCCACAAAAGAAACGAAUCGAAUCGAAUACGAUAACUUUAACGAUAAUGAUGCAACGCAAGCUAAAUAGAAAAUUUACUAAUUCGUACAAAAGCUUAGUAUCUACUUACAACGAAAAUCUCUUUGUAUCUUGCGCUAUCUUUUCAAUAAGUUUAUUGCACUUUAAGCUAUCAUUUCCUAGCGAAUAAUCAUCAAACGUCCACAAACAAAAGAUAUAGAACUUAUACAACAGAUAUACGGCUAGACGAAGUAAUAUUGCAAGUACAACAAAACUAAUCGAACACACAAGCUAAUAGAACCCCCAACUGAAUAAUAUCAAUAAUGCAUUUAUGUCCACAAAUCAAUGCUACCUACAUAAAAAGGUAUAUCAAAUGCAAGAUAAAUCAAAAGGUAUUCACAGCAUCUGGAUAUCUGUCCCACAUUCUUUCCCUAUGCUUACAAACCUCUAAAUAAUAUUUGAAACCUGUUUUGAAUGCACAAUCUUAUAUUUACAUUAUUAGAUUAAAUAAAGUAACCAACUCACUUCCCAAAAACGGCCAAGAUUCACGAUUGCAACAUGCCUAAAAUAUACACUUUUUUGUCAACUUAAGAACUGUUAUUUGAAAAAUAACGCAAACAUUUUCAAUAAAAUAUAUUAUAUACAUAACACUUAUAUGCGACUGUAAAUGUGUUUUUUAGCUAGCAAAACUAACUUUAUACCGUAAAAUAAUAGAAAAAUUGAACAAGAAAGAUUAAAUAUUAACUAACGUUGGGCGCAACAUUAAAUCAUAACAGAUAGAAUUCGAUUUAAAACUACUACUGCUCGAAAUGCUGAAACAUUUAAAGAUAUUUAGUAUGUAACUAACACAUCCAAAAAGACACAACAACACCGCCUACUAAGGAGAAAAACUAUCAAAAUAUUCAAUAUUGGUAAUUUGUAAUGCAUUAACAAAGACAUUAAAUAAACUAAUAAUAAU